AUGGGCCAGAGGCUGGGUACGGCGCUGCUGCUCCUCACGCUGGGGUAUUUGGUCAGGUCACUGGCUUCAGAAACUAAAUGUGAAAACAUUUACCAAGGCUUCUCUGACUGCAUCUUAAAACUGGGGGAAAACAUGGCCAGCUACGAGGAGGACGACGGGGAUGAGGUGCAGGGGCUGCACACUGUUUGCGGGUAUUGGGAUGAAUUUCACAUGUGCGCCAUGACUGCUCUUUGGGAAUGCCAGAAGGAGGCAGCAAGUAUCUGGGAGACUUUGAAAAAGGAAUCUAGAAAAAUUAAAUUCCAAGGCAGCUUGUUUGAUCUCUGCAGUCCCAACAGCUCCCAGAGCUUCAGCUUGACAAAUGUUUCAAAUUUUACUGUUUUAAGCAUCUCUCUGAUGGUUACUUCGCUUAAUUUGUAAAUGGAGCAGCUCUGAAAGUAUUGGAAUGAAGAGGUAUUAUCAGUGUCAUCAGUGUAGUUAUGAUCAGAAAUGUAGUAUUUCCAAACCUUUGAGAAAUCCUGUGUAUGGUGCUGGAUGAACAUUUGAUUUUAUUAUUCCAGGUCUGUGAGCCUCAGAAGAGCUCGG